AUGACCCUCUUGCGACAAGGGUCCCUUUGGGGCCUGGUGCUGCUUGCUGGCCUGGCGCUUGCCCACGGUGGCCAUGAGGCUGUUCCCGAGGGCGAGGCCAUCACCCUGGAACCCAUAGAUUCGACGUUAUGGACACAUAUGAUCCUUAUGGGUACUGCGUUUGGAAUUAUUUUCCCGCUGGGUAUGGUUCUUGGGAUUGUUCGCUCUCGCUGGCACGUUCCCGUUCAGAUUGUUGGCACAAUCAUCGCCGUGCUGGCCUACUUCCUCGGUCACGCUCAUAAAGGUCGUCAAUUCGGCAAGAAUGCCCACGCCUCGUUCGCAAACUGGUUGAUGCUGCUGCUAGUCGUGCAGAUCGUGCUCGGAUUCUACUUGAAGCUUCAUCUGGAAAAGGGCGGCCAGGGCCGUAUCCGAUGGAUUUUCGUCCUGGCGCACGGUAUCGUCGGCAAGAUCAUACCGGUCCUGAGCUGGACGCAGAUGCUGUUCGGCGGUAUUGCGGCUCUGGGCUUCUGCCAGGGUGACCACAUGGGGCAGUGUCUGGCACAUUUCAUCAUGGGCAGUGCUUUCAUCGGCUAUGGUAUUGUCUUGACUAUUUUGUUGUUGGUGGGCCAGUACUGGCUGCGCCGCACGGGCCGGAGCCAAGAAUUCUUCGACUCGUUGAUUAUCGCCGCGUGGGGCUGCGUUAAUACCUUUACUGAACACCGUUGGGGCGGGCCCUGGGUCCAUAAUGAUCUUCAGCAUACUACGAUGGGUAUUGUCUGGUGGUGCGCUGGUCUUCUGGGCAUGUGGUUGAGCCGGAGUCGUAAUGGCCGGCCCAAGCGGAACUUGAUUCCUGCUAUUGUCAUCGGGUUGACUGGAUAUGCUAUGUCGGCGCAUACACAGACGCUAAUGAUCAGCACUAUGGUCCACAGUAUCUUUGGUUAUACCCUGAUGGCGGCGGGUCUGACCCGUAUCAUCGAGAUCUCGUUUGUCCUGCGUGACAAACCUAACGUCAGCAUGAGCGGCGCCAACCCGAACAGCUUCCAGUAUCUCACGCCGUUCUUGCUGUACGCUUCUGGCUUUCUGUUCAUGGGUGCUACCGAGGAGCAGAUGCAGUUGCUCAGCCAGGCGGGUAUCAUGCACGUCUCGUAUAUCCUGAUCUUGUACAGCAUCGCCUUUAUUCUCUUCCUCUUCGUCAACAUCCUCCUCCACAUCUACGCCGUCCACGCCUGGCCAGAAGGUGCCCCCGAGGAAGAAGAAGAAUCUCACAAAUACGCCAACGCCAACGGAAACGGCUACAUGAAUGGCCGCACGCGAAGCACCGCCGAUGCCCAGCGUAUCUCUGACGCCGAAGCUUUCGAGUUGGAGGGCCUGAUGAGUGAUGACGAGGACGAAGCUGGCUCCUCGAUGCGCCCUAAAAAGACCGUUGAUGAGGAGAUGGGUGCUAAAGAGGCUGGUCGGUCUUGA